UCAAAGCUCCAUAUCAAUGGCCGUAUAUAUAAAGUUUAAGUUUUCAACCUGACAACAAAGAAAAGAUAGCCAUGGAGACAAUCAGCUCGUUCAAGAGCUACAGUAAAGUUGAUGAGCUGCAAGAGCAAGAAUAUCGCAGAAGAACCCGCAAUAGUUUGAUCAUCAUCACCAUCUCCGCCGUUAUCUUGAUCACAACAACCGUCGGGGCUCUGGUGGGCACAUUGACCGGAAAAACGAAAUCGAAAGGCACUCAACCGCGAACCUACUCAUCGGAAUCUCUCACAGCGAUGUGCAAUGUUACUCAGUAUCCUGAGUCGUGUCUCUCCAGCAUCGCAUCCCUCAAGAGCUCCUCGAACGUUACUGAUUCGAGGUCGAAUCCGGAAAAAUUGUUCGAGCUCUCAAUGCAAGUUGCGGUCAACGAACUGACAAAACUUUUAUCUUUGCCUAACGACGUCGUGUUCGCUGAGUCUUACAGCAAUAUUACCAGUGAUCCGGCCGUGCAAGCUGCUUUAGAUGACUGUAAAUUCUUAUUUCAGGACGCCAUUGAUCAUAUAAAUGAUUCCAUUACCUCGUCGCAAGAGGGGCAGAUGGCCGGAAAGACAAUCAACGACAUCAGAACCUGGCUGAGCACAGCAAUCACCGAUCAAGAAACAUGCUUGGACGGCAUAAACGAAGUCACAAACAACACGAUUCUUCUCCAACACAUGAAAUUUGCUAUCCGCAACUCUACUGAAGCCACCAGCAACAGCUUGGCGAUUGCCUCAAACAUUUUGACAAUCCUUCUGUAUCAUGUGCAAACACCGAAUAAUCGGAAAUUGUUAACAGUUAAAGAAAAUUAUAAACAUGGCAAUUUGAAUGAUGAUUUUCCGGAAUGGAUCAGAAAAGGGUACCGAAAAUUACUCCAGGAGGAGAAUCCUAUAGCGGAUGUAACAGUGGCGAAGGACGGAAGUGGGGAUUUCGAGAGCAUAAAUGAGGCCAUAAAAUUGAUUCCCAAGAAGAGUAAGUCGAGGUUUGUUGUUUACGUUAAGGAAGGCCUGUAUGAAGAGAAUGUGAAUAUCAAAAAGGAUUUUUGGAAUGUGAUGUUUUACGGUGAUGGAAUGAACAAGACGAUUGUUUCCGGGAGCUUGAAUAAAAUCGACGGGACUCCGACCUUCUUCACGGCCACUUUUAUUGCUGCAGGCAGGGGAUUUAUAGCAAGAGAUAUGGGCUUUAGAAACACAGCAGGCCCAGAAAAGCACCAAGCAGUGGCCUUGCUUUCAUCCUCAGACAAAUCAGUUUUCUACAGAUGCUCGUUUGAAGCCCAUCAGGACACUCUCUACACACACUCCAAUCGCCAAUUUUAUAGCGAGUCCCGAAUCAUCGGCACCAUAGAUUUCAUUUGCGGAAACGCGGCGGUUGUUUUUCAAAACUGUAGCAUCCAGCCCAGACAGCCCAUGUCCAACCAGUUCAACACCAUCACCGCGCAAAGUAAGACCGACCCAAAUCAGAACACCGGCAUAUCAAUCCAACACUCUCAGAUUACUCCCUUCGAUAAUCUAACAGCCACCACGUACCUCGGUAGGCCCUGGAAGAAUUAUGCCACCACUGUUUUUAUGAAGUCGGACAUCGGAGGAUUUAUUGACCCAAAAGGAUGGGCUCAAUGGACCGAUGGUGUCGACCCACCAAGCACAAUUUUUUACGCAGAGUAUCAAAAUUCUGGGGCUGGAUCAGUAACAGAUAGGCGUGUGAAAUGGGCCGGUGUUCGGCCGAGUAUCACAGAAGCAGUGGCGGUGAAAUUUUCUGUGGAGUCUUUCAUUCAGGGGAGCCAGUGGUUGUCGGAUGCCAGUGUAAUGUCUGAUGGGGGUUUAUAAUGUGCAUAGGAUAUACAAAGGAAAAGGAAAUUAAUUAAAUUGAUUUAAAUGAAAGAAUAAUAAUAUUCAUUAAUGUCAUUUGUAACUUUUAUACAUCUUUCUAAGUUUAAAAUAUAAUAUGAACAAAUUAAUACAUGAUCUGAUUUUA